AUGUUCAAAGAAAUUAAAUAAGAAUUGGCUUAAAAAUAUAAACAAUUAGAACUUGAUUAAAAUGAAAUAAUGCAGAAAUUAUAAGCUUAUAAAGAGACUGCAUAAAACUUAAAUGUUGAUAACACAUCAUUAUUGAUUGAUGAUGUAUAAAACUCAUCUCUACUAUUACUUUCAAAUACAUAAAGAGAUAUAACAGAUAAAACAAUUACUGAAUUAAAAAAAGCAUUAGAAGAAUGUGAAAGAGAUAGAUUGAAUAAAAUUGAAUAAAUUAACGAAUUAAAAAAAUUAAAUUAAAAAUUAUAUGAAGAGUUGAAUGUUGUAAAAAACAAUAAUAUAAAGACAAAUAAACUUUUAAAUAAUAUUACAAUGUAAAAGGAAGAAUUAUUGAAUUAAAUAAAUAUGAUAAAAAAACAUAAAUCAAUAGAUUCAUCCUUUUAUUAAACUUCCAUUACUGAUAUUACGAAUCAAGAUAUUUCAAUUCAAAUGAAUAGAAAAAAAUCAAUGUCACAAUAUGAAACUACUGAUUAAAAACAAUUAAAAUAAUAUAAAAAGUUUACAGAUUGUGUUAAAGAUAUGAUACUUAAAUUAUAACCAAAAUUAUAUGAUAGUAUAAAUUUUAAAAUAUUUUUUAGAUUAGAAUGUAUCAUUAUCUGAUGCUUGGAAAUGGUUAAAGAUUAUUAUAAAUGACUAUGUACAAAUUGCUAAUACUAUAAAACAAUUAAAAUAGAUUCUUAAUGUAGAAUAACCUUACAUAGUUUUGGAAGUUCAAUAAUUAAUUAACAUGAUUGUUUAUAAAUAAUGA